GUUAAAGAUAUCAAUUUGGAAUUUUGAAAAAACAGAGAACAUGAAUGAAGCUGCUCUCUAUCAUCACGCCAGUGCUUUGCAGCGCCGUGAUGCGAAAAAGAUCUUUGAAGAAUGCAUGAAAAGAAUGCAAUGGCGCGCCGAUGGAUGCGACAGACUCAUCGAUAUUGGUUCGGGCCCUGGAAGUGUGCUAAUGGAAUUCGUCUAUCCAUUGCUACCACAUAAAUUCGAAGCCAUGUGGGGAACAGAUCUUUCCGAACCUAUGAUGGAUUUUGCGUGUAAAAAUUAUGGCAACACGGAGCGCACACAUUUCGAGGUGUUGGACAUCGCUUGCACACAGCUACCACAACAUCUACGCGGCCAAUUUGAUCAUGUCACCUCUUCCUAUUGUCUGCAUUGGGUGAAGGAUCAAAAGUGCGCUUUACAGAAUAUUCACCAAUUGCUUCGUUAUAGCGGUGGCGAUUGCCUGCUCGUCUUUCUAGCAAGCAAUCCUUUUUUUGAUGUGUAUAUAGAACUGUCCAAGACAGAAAAAUGGGGUCGAUAUAUGAUCGGUGCCAUGCACGGUAUCUCACCUUUCCACAAUAGCGACGAUCCGGGUGCCGAGUAUAGCAAAUUACUACAAGAGGCUGGUUUUGUGGACUUUAGCGUGGAGGUACGGAAAAAUAUUUUCGUUUAUGAGGGCACACAGAAUCUUAAAGACAAUGUGAAAGCAGUCAGUUCAUUUAUGGAGCGAAUACCGGAAAUCCAGCACGAAGAGUUUCUGAAUGACUUUGUUAAAGCAUUAAUCAACAUGAAGAUGUGUGAGGGCGAAAUCAAUGCAAGCAAUUUUAAAUUCAUUAAACCUUACACAUUAUUUGUGGUCUAUGCAAGGAAGCCCAGUGAAUUUUUGAGUAGUUUAAAUGCUGCGACGAAUAAAAUGGCGAAGAGACUGGAUUGAGAGCUUAAACUUUAGAGCAAACAGAGCAAACAAAUACUA